ACAGAGGCUGCCGUUGCGGGGAGAAUUCUCCUCGCGGAGGGAAAGAGAGCGGCGCUGCGAGUGUCAGUGGUGCAUUCCUGCCCCAGGCGACUGGCUAACUGCUCCGGGAGUCCCUUUGGGAAGGAUAUCCAUGGAUAUUAUAAAGGGAAACCUAGAUAGAAUUUCGAAACCAGCCUCAAACUCAAGAACACGCCCUGGGAGCAGAGGUUCAAAUGCUUCUUUAGAGGUCCUCUCACCGGAACCAGUGCCCUUCAAGCUUGUUACUGCAAUCAAGUUGAGUUGUGGUCGGGAAGACCACUCGGAAAGCACAAAGGGAAGCAGAAGCAGUGCUGAUGACACAUGGGAACACCAUCCUGAGACUGCAAACGUGGACGAUGGGCGAUCGGAUGAAGACCUGGAUGAUGACCAAUAUCAGACCAUCCCCGAGUGUUCAGAUGAUCCCAAUAUACAAGAAGUAGAUUGUAAACUUCAGGAUGCUAUUCAGAAGAUGAAGAGGCUUGAUAAAAUAUUGGUGAAGAUACAAUGUCGAGAAAGAGAAGUUAAGAAGCAAGGUCUGGAAUUGAGAAUCAAGCUGUGGGAAGAGCUUAAGUCUGCAAAAAGUACUUUGCAAAGUAACGAGGAGAUGGAAAAUACAAACAAGUUUUUGACUUUAAAUGCAUCACCGGAAGAAAUUGUCGCGAUAGAGCCUUCUUGUGACGAGGAUGAAGGAAACUUCCGUCCAGUGUUUCCUACUCAAAUCUCUCCAGAAGAGUAUGAAACCCACGCAAACUCUGCCACCCAAGGUUUUAUCUAUGAUGUGGGAAGAAAUAAGUCAUUGGUCAUCUUGGAUAAGAAACCUUCCUCAAGUACAGAAAAUACUGAGCUCCGGGGUAAACCUAACCAGGAUUUUAUUCAGAGAAACAUUGAGGGCGACCCGCAGGCCUGGGGGGUCCCUGGAGAAGGCUACACGCUUGCGCCUGCAGAGCAUCAGCAGCUUGCAGACAUUGACGGGAAGCUCCAAACCCUGGUAGCCUCCCCCUCUGUAGUUUCCAGUUGUCCUCCAGGAUUUGAAAGCCGAUGUGAUCAGGAGAAUGACAGAAAUGUGGAAAUAACUCCAGGAGAAAAAGUACUUCGGAAUACCAAGGAACAGAGGGACCAGCAAAACAGGCUGAAAGAGAUAGAUGAAAAGCUAAGAAAGAUGAAGGACAGUGUGUUACAGUCAACAUCACUUCUCUCUGAGGACGAGUUAAAGUCUCUUCUGGAUGGGUGCAUGCUCCAACAAAAACCCCUGCUUCGACUACCCUCUUCAGAAAGUGAGAACAGAGACUUGGGGGAGACGGCAUCGGAGGUCCCCCAGCUUCCUGACUCGGUCAUCUGUGAGUCACGGAAUGGACCAGCAACUCCAGACUCCAACAAGACCGAGGGAGAAGAUGCAACAGCCCUUGAGGAGGUAGGGUGUGGAACACCCAGAGGCUACUAUCUUACCAAAGCCUUGGCUAGCCAUUACAUGGCAGACGCGCUUGUCGAUGAAGCAGAGAUUAUGAACCGCCUCCCAUUUGCCAUAGGCGAAGUGAUGAGUGACAGAAAAGAUUACUUUAUGUCAAAAGCUCUUGGCAUUGGGAGACUGAAAAGGCCCUCUUUCCUGGAUGGGCCACUGUGUGCCACCCAUGGGAACCUUUUGUCAGAAGAUCAACACUUGACUCUCAGCUCUCCAGUGAAACCCCAAACAGAUGAACAGGAGACUGAAGAGCUGACAGAAGAAUGUGAAGAAUCUUAAUUAAGUAGAGACUUGCUGGGGGUACUUUUGGGCAAGUUGGUGGAUUGGGUUAUUACCUUUUCUCUCCCUAAAUCCUUUGACUGCAGUGAAUGCACUGUUCAAGACCAUUCCUCCAGUGAUGACUGCGUCAUUUGAAUUCUCAUGCGGAUUACAGUCCUUGGUAUUUUUGAAGGCAACAGUGGUUUUUCUUCAUUGGAAUUCUUAGAAACUUAGUUCCUUAUUGUUAAUCUUAUAACAUCGGGGAUACAUGAAGGAAAUGGAUAUUUUACUAUCUGCGUAUUUUACUAUAAAACUAGUUGAAGCAUUGUGA